AUCCACACUCAUACAAUAUUUUAGGGCAAAUCAUUUCAGCCUCCCCAAUCACCUCCAUCUCUAUUCUCGUUCUCAACUCGGCCCUCUCUCUGUCUCUACAACUGCAAAGUACAAAAUCUACAAGAAUCAGAACCCAUAUCGGCAUAUCAAAUAUGAUUAUGAAUAACGACGACGAUGAUGAUUUUGAAUCACCCACAAUGGGUCCGGACCCACAAAUUCCAGAUCCACCGCAAACCCUCAAGCGUCUCCGGCGAGGUCGCACCACCGAAUCCACAUCGGCCACCCAUAAGCGGGAGUUGUGGCGUAGUGUCGAUGAAGAGAUUGAAAAGUUCUUUUCACAUGAGGAUAAGCGUGAAGGAUCCAUUACCAGCAGUUUGUUAGGAACUUGGGAGCAGAACAACACCAUGACACUCGAAGUCUUCCAAAGGGGCUGGGAAAAGACAACAACGGGAGCAUCGAUUGCAUGGCCUAUCAAAUACAUCAAAAUUUGAAAGUUAUAUGGUCUUUAUGUUUGAUAAAAUUCUUUUAUGAUUGCACAUUUUUAAUGCUUUUUAUACUCAUACUCAGGGGGGUCACAUGCCUUUAAAUGACCAAUUUUGUGGUGUAUCUUGAACUUUAUUACCUUAUUGGUACAUUGGCCCGUGUGGAGGCCAUUUUUAUUUCUUGUUUUAAAAUGUUGAAAGUAUGGGAGUAUGAAAUCAUCGCAUGUGGAGGUUUUGAUUGAUUGUUGUGGAGGAGAAGUUGUUGAUAUGUUGUUUAAGGAGUUAAUGCAAGUUGGCAACUUAAAUUUUUUUUA